AUGGCGGCUGCUUUUCGACCAGUGAAUUCACCGCUGGCCAUGACAGUUUCCCGAGAAGACGUCAUGGGUCCCUCGUCUGCAACUCCUCGACCCAACACAGCUCCUCAAUCACACUCAUCAAGACCCGCCGAAGAUGGUGCAACCCCUACGAGAGCUACAUUUAACAUGGCCAGUCAGAAGCCUCUUCCGUCGAGUCCAUUUCCACAGGGAAUCCAGGUACCCGAACAACCACUCAAACCAAAGAUGCCUCGACGUCACGACUCGCGGCACUCAAACAAAUCAGGCGAUUCUGGGGACGUAGAUAUGGAUGAUUCCGAUGAAGAGACUGGUACUGUCGACGACGGAGCUGGAUCUGACGAUGAGAGUGUCGGCGCAGAUGGGCCACGCUCUAGUAAGAAGAAGAAGUCGCAGCGCUUCUAUUGUACAGACUACCCGCCUUGCAAUCUGAGCUUUACACGCAGCGAGCACCUGGCCAGGCACAUUAGAAAACAUACGGGUGAACGGCCCUUCCAAUGUCACUGCUCACGCCGCUUUUCGAGACUCGACAAUUUGAGACAACACGCACAGACGGUUCACGUUAACGAGAAUAUUCCAAUGGAUUCAUUAGCAGCAACGGGCUCCCGAUUUCAACGGCAAAUGCGCCCAGACCGGGUAAGGCAAGCUGGCAACCGAGCAAGAGCAUCAACAGGUGGCAGUGCGGGAGGCCCUCAGCGAGGGCAUUCUAAGUCGCUAUCGACAUCGAGUAUUACUAGUGUUAGCUCAGUCGGCUCUGCUUAUAGUGCCCAAGACGUCAGACGGCGACCACCACCAUUGGUCAUGGCUGAUCCUCGCUCCCGGCUAUCGUUCGAAUCGUACAGGAGUUCUAUGGACGGCGGACUGCCGCAAUACCGAGCCGUUUCACCGAGCGAAUAUGGAACACCUACUUCGUCUACCUUCUCGACGGGACAGAGCAGCCCUCGAUGGGGACCUGGCGUUUCAUCCCCAGCUACCUCACACUCACGAUCUCACAGCAUGUAUACCACGGGCUCCCGCACACCGGGCCGCCGCUUAAGCGUUCCGUCAGGAAACAAUCCAUUCCAAUCUCCUGGUGCACUAGGAAGGCCUAUAAUGUUUGGACCCAACCCUGGCCCUGUCAACGCUUCGAAUGUGGGUGCUCCCCCGCCAACUAGUAACGGCAUCCCUUCAUCCCCUACUGCCGCGACUUCUCAGUGGCCUCGCAGAGAGUCGUUAUCUGAAAGCGAUUGGCGCCGAAGAACCUGGCAUCCAGACAGCCGCAACAUUAAUGGAAACCCGAGUCAGCUAAGCUCCGUUGUGAAUCAGUCCUCAGUCCGUCCGAACCCGCCACCACCGAUUGCGAACCCCUCCAACUCUCAGUCUUCAUUCCGUCUACCCGGAAUUGAGUCUUUCGAUCCCCUGCCACCUCGUCCUCCUACUCCAUCUAGGAGACAGCCUUCGCCAAUGAUGGUCGAUGCGGAAUCCCACGUGCGCGCUUCCUAUCAACCACAUCUCCCCGAGACCCCGAUAGACGAGAGACGGAAUCUCAACAUGUACGACGCUAGUAUCCAGCGUGGCCUCAAUCGCCUUGAUAUCAAUCACAAUACGCCACCUCGUGACAGUGCUGGUUCAUGGGCCUCGGAAGCGAACAAGGCGGUUCAAGCCCAGGCAGAGCAUGUGCGACUCAAUCCUCCUAUGGUUCGCUUCGAGGAGCGCCCACCAGUAUACCAGGGGCCUAAGCCUACAUCCGCGCCGCGAUCUCUGCACCAUCACACCAUGUCGGCGCCUUCCAUUACAACAUCCAGGGAAAACAAACGGCGGGGCUGGUAUCAUGGACCCGUGCCUGUUCAGAGAGAUGGCAGAAUGCCACAGGAGCAGCAGGAUCCGCGAUUGGCCCAUGUUGACAGAAUGGUGCAUCCUAACUUCACCGGUUUCAGUGGAUUCCCUGUAAAAGAAGCCCCGCCUCAUCACCAAUAUCAACAUCCGCAGCAACAGAUGGCUUCUCAGUCUCAGCAACCACCCCAGCAACAUCAGUACCAGCAGGUUCAGCACCCACAACAUCCGCAGCAUCCGCAGCAACAGCAACAGCAGCAGCAACAGCAACAGCAACAAGGACGACCGGGAAGCAACGGCUCCCUGGGACGGCUGGAGGCUUUGGUUGCUGUUGCAACAAGCGAAGGUUCGACCGCCAAAGCGUACUGA